AUGCCAUGCGAAGAAAAGGAAAUGUUGGUUUUGCAUUUCACCAUACAUGAUGUUUACGAUAAUAUAGAGAAUAAGAUAUCUCUUGAAGAAAAACCAUAUAUAAAAUUUUACUGGAAAAAUAAAAAAUAUAAGAAUUAUUUAAAAUAUUCUAGAGAUGAAAUCAAUUGGUUUUCUGAAUUCUUUUUACCUUAUAAAUUAGGUGACUAUAUAGAAAACCUCAUUGUCCAAAUAUGGGCAAACAGCUAUAUUCUUAAAACCAAGAAAAAGGUAGCUUAUAAUUAUAUUAAUAUAAAUGAUGUUGAAAGAAAAAGGAAAAUUAAUGGGAAAACUGAAUUAAUUGGUAAAAGGAAAGGAUUAAAAAUUAUUUAUAGUCUUCAACUUAUUCGUUAUUCAUUAUAUGAAUUUAUGAAAAACACACAAAUGUUAAUAUUAGAUAAAAUUUCUAUAUAUAAAAUGAUACAAAUACAUAGGAAAAAUCAAAAUAUAUCUGUACAUCGAUAUCAUAAUAAUAAUCAUCUUUUUGAUAAAUAUAUUAUAUCUCUUUUCGAAAAAGAAAAUUAUAUAAAAAAAAAUACAGCUUUAAAAUUAAAAACAAUAAAAGAACAUAAUAAGAAAAAAAAAAAUUCAACCAUUAAAUCAAAUGUGAAAACUGAUCAUAUUCCAAUCGAAGCAAAUAAUGAAAAUGAAGAAAAAAAAAAAAUAAUAAUAAGUGACCAAAUAAAUUAUAGGAAAAAAAAAAAAAAAACCAAUAUAAAAAAUAACCCACAAUAUAAUUCCAACAAUAUAUCAGUACUUGAUCCAAAAAAGAAAUCAAAAUCACAAAAAUUAAAUAAAAUAUUAAACAUAUCAAACCAAACCAAACAAAAUGCAACUGAUAAUAAAAAAUCAAGCACUAAUAAUAUUCACAAUAAAAAAAAAAAAAAAAUGACGACUAACAAUUUACCACAAAAAAACACAUCAAAAACAAAGGUAUUAAGUAAACAUAAAGAAACCAUACAAAAAAAAGAACCUAAUAUAUUUAAUAUACAAAAACAAAAUUCCUUUUUAGACCUAGGUUAUAAAAUACAUAAAAGUUCAAAUAAAAGAAAUUUUAAAAUCUUAAAUUAUAAAAUGGCACAGUCUAAUUAUCAAGAUAAUGAGAAAUUUAAUAAUAAAAUAUCACACGAAAAAGGUCUAAACAAAAUUAAGAAUACAGAUACGAAAAUAUAUGUUUACUAA